UCAUCUCAUCGUGAAAAUCUUUCAGAGGAACUAGACAGGUCUCGUAAACAACUUGUAUCCAUGAACAAAGUACUAAGGCACAACAACGAAGUCUUGGGGGACUGUAGAUUGUUUCAAACAGGGGAAACGAACAAAAUAUUAAAAAAAAUUAUUGGAUCAAUAUCCUAAACUUUUAGAAAAAAAUCUUCCAUUGUUUGAGAAAAAUGAUAAUGGUUUGAUGGAAAAGUUGGAAGAAAUUGCUGGUUCCCUUCACGAACAGAACCCUAUGUUUACUUCAUCAUUCAGAAUUCCUCCCCCUUGCAUAAGUUUUGAAGCAAGAGGAAUGAUAACUACUCCAAGACUAAUAUCACUACUAACUGCCGAGUUUUAUUGUGGGGACAUCGUUUGUGAAAAAGGUGGAACGAGCUGGGUUUGUGGGCUCGGGUCGAGAAAUAUUACUCAGUAUGACAUCACGCGAGGAAAAACGGGAAAUAUAAUUUCGGUGACAUCACACCCAUCUUUUUUGGCAAUCAAUAGUUUGGGUCAUAUGUUUUACACCGAAUUUUGGGAUAGGUUUGUUAAAUGUGUUACUUACAAAAUACCAUCAACUUUUACCAAAACACAAGGUUGGCAACCUCGAGGAAUCCAUUGUUGCAUGAAUGAUGAUGUUCUUGUUACAGAGUUCAGCGAUAACCUGCAACACUCGAGAAUCGUUCGAUGCGACGCUUCCGGUCGCUGCUUAAAUGUAAUUGAAUUUGAAGAAGAGAAUGCACAACAUGUGCCAUUAUUUGACAAUGUACUAUUCAUCUGUGAAAACAAAAAUGGCGAUAUAGGAGUUACGGAACGUCACAAAAAGCGUGUCAUCGCAGUAGAAAAGAACGGAAGGAAAAGGUUCGAGUAUUCCGGUCACAUUCGAUCAAGUAGCUUCACCGAAUUUGAAUUUGCUGGGAUUGGAUCGGACAGUCGUUGUAACUUUGUGAUUUCAGAUCCCAAGAACUACACGUUUCAUGUUGUGGACUGGCAAGGAAAGUUCUUGUUUUAUGUUUUACCGGGAGAAAUAAUUGCUCCAAUGGCGCUUUGCGUAGAUGACGAGGACCGAGUUUGGGUAACCGAACCACGGGGCACUAUCAGAGUAUUAACUUACAUAGACCACUGACAGCUUCAAAAUUAAUUUGUGACAUGUUUGAUUGAGUCUAUCAGACUUUAUGUACAUUGAGGUUUGCAUCCAUUUUCUUUCAAUUCUCCAAAACAGUGAAAAUACAUUGUACAUAAAAUUUUACAGUAUUAUCAUUGAUAAAGUAAAUCAAUGUAAUGUACACGUGUAUCAAACUGUAUAUAUACAACAAUGCAUUUACGUAUUGAUUUCAUUUCUCUGUUGGAUAUACUGCAUUAUUGUUACAUA